AUGACCCUGGAGUCCAUCAUGGCGUGCUGCCUUAGUGAGGAGGCAAAGGAAGCGAGACGGAUCAACGACGAGAUCGAAAGGCAGCUUCGCCGGGACAAGAGAGACGCUCGCCGGGAACUGAAGCUACUGCUACUCGGUACAGGAGAAAGCGGCAAAAGUACAUUCAUUAAACAGAUGAGGAUCAUCCAUGGGUCAGGAUACUCAGAUGAGGACAAACGAGGCUUCACAAAACUGGUCUAUCAGAACAUCUUCACUGCUAUGCAGUCUAUGAUCAGGGCCAUGGACACUCUGAAAAUCCCCUACAAGUAUGAGCACAACAAGGCGAAUGCACAUAUAGUCCGUGAGGUGGAUGUCGAGAAGGUGACCAUGUUUGAUAGCCCUUAUGUUGAAGCCAUAAAGAGUUUAUGGAUUGACCCAGGCAUCCAAGAGUGUUACGACAGACGGAGAGAAUACCAGCUCUCUGAUUCAGCCAAAUACUAUCUCAAUGACUUGGAUCGUAUUGCAGACACUGCCUAUCUGCCCACCCAGCAAGAUGUCCUUAGAGUCAGAGUUCCAACCACAGGGAUCAUUGAGUACCCUUUUGACUUACAGAGCGUCAUUUUCAGGAUGGUGGAUGUAGGAGGGCAGCGAUCAGAAAGAAGGAAAUGGAUUCACUGCUUUGAAAAUGUGACAUCUAUCAUGUUCCUAGUAGCUCUCAGUGAAUACGAUCAGGUACUUGUGGAGUCCGACAACGAGAACCGUAUGGAGGAGAGCAAAGCAUUAUUUAGGACGAUAAUCACAUAUCCCUGGUUUCAGAAUUCUUCUGUCAUUCUUUUCUUGAACAAGAAAGACCUUCUAGAAGAGAAGAUCAUGUAUUCUCAUCUAGUUGAUUACUUUCCUGAAUAUGAUGGGCCUCAAAGAGAUGCACAAGCAGCAAGGGAGUUCAUCUUGAAAAUGUUUGUGGAUCUGAAUCCUGACAGUGACAAAAUAAUCUACUCACACUUCACAUGUGCCACAGACACGGAGAAUAUACGCUUCGUCUUUGCUGCUGUCAAGGACACUAUUCUACAGUUGAACCUAAAGGAGUACAAUCUGGUCUAGUGUGGGAGAGAUGAGAGAAUACGGAAGAGUGACUUCAUUAUCUGUGGAGAAAAAGAAAACCUAAUUGCAUAAUACUAAUUUAUUGCCGUCCUGGACUCUGUAUUCACAGAGUUUGUAGUAAAUAUUCUGAUUUUAUUUAAAAGAAAUGGGGGGUAAAAGAUGCUGGGUAACAUUUGCAGCACAAUGUCCUCAUUUUUAAGCGAAACCUUGUGAACUUCAAAUGUUUGGGGUUUUCUGUCGAAAUCUCACACAUGCACUCAAAAGAGAGUAAGGGUCUUGAUUUUUUUUCUUUAGCUUUUAAAUCAGAUUUUCAAGUGCGCCCUGCACCCUGCUUUCCUUGACUUGUCUUUGAGGUAACAAUUACUUUUAUUCAGAUCCAUUCCUUUUAAAACUCUCUCUUUCUUCUCUGACCAUUAGAAAUUAUCCUCAUCUUAGAAACAAAGCCAUCUGUUCUUCUAAUUUAUGUAUUUUCUGAAGGAUAAAAAGUAUUGAUACUGUGAUUUUUAAAUUAUUAAUAUGUAUAAAUUAUUACUUCCAGUUUGGUACUAUCUAUUUUCAUCCUGGGCUAAAGAAAAAAAUAUAAUAAUAAUAACUUGGACGCUCACCAAGCAAUAGGUAGUUGCAUUCAGAUUUCAGAUAACCUAAGGAUUAAUCAUAAAUAGACAUAAGCAAAUUAGUUCCUAACAUUGGACGACUCAAUAUUUAUAGAGUGCUAUCUUUUCCAUUCUGGUUAUCUUGUGCCACAAUUGCAUCAUUUAUAUUGCAGAUGCCAAACAGAAUGCCAUGAACACUACGACGUCCCCAAACCUCUGCAGUAUAAAGCUACCUUUUGUGUUCUUUGAUUCAUUCUCUUUCAUGUUUAAGCUAUGGCUGGAGGCAGCAUCUUUCCAGUUUUAUUAUUUUUGUUUUUUUUUUUAACUUAUUGUAUACUUUUUACCUUGCCAGCUAGGUGGCAUUUUAUUUCCCAAAGCUUUUCAUAUUGAACGUUUUAUGUAAAAUGCCAAAACCGCUGAUUAAGAAUCAAUUGGAUUGGAUCGGAAACUGAAUGCCAAGCCUGUGUUGAAUUAAUGUGGCGUCAGCUCAUAGGAUCCCAUUAGUCUGUGGUGUUUUAUUAAUGCCAAAUGAAGCGGGUUCGGAAACGUGACGAAACGUUUGGGUGUUCUUUGCACAUAUGUAAAAUUUACAGACCAUUUUGAAGCUACUAUGGAUCACUUUUGAUGUCUGUGUGUGAUUGGUAGUAUUACUUGGCACCUUUCAAUGUAGGAUAAUGAAGAUAUUAAUGUAUUAAUUUUGGCAAAAAAAAAUAUAAUAACUUGAAGCUUGUUCUUUGCCAUUGCCAGAGUAAAAGUUCAGUUUUUUGUUUU